AUGAGAGUGUGUACACGCCGACGCUCACGGACCUUGCGUGUGUGGUUUUUCAUUGUAUUCCUGAGUCUGCACUUGCUCAUCGUUUUACUGGUACUGUCCAUGUACAAUGCUUCCUGUGAGAUCCAUUUAUACCCAGACACCCAGACGUCCAUCAGCCUCUCUGUACAGAAUACAUCCACUUCAGCAAGCAUGGCCGACACGACAGGAAGUGAAAUUCAGGGAGUGGAAAUGUGGGACGCAGUUACCGACCUUGCCAAACUGGAGGCUCUGUACUCCCACCUGUUGUAUAAUUUACCCACUCCACCUGUGCCUGAUGGUGAUUGGUUGCUGAAAGUUCGAACAAAGAGAAAGGAGGAAGCCCAGCACAGCUCACAGCAGUGGCAGAGUGCCAAGGAGGAUGGCUAUGAUCCUGUCCACUUAAACACCAGCUCUGAUUCACAUCCACCUUGGCUCCGUUUUCACCUUGGGAUAUCUCGCUGGCAGAUGUAUCAGCAUAAAGACCCCAACCUGUCAACGCUGACUCAGCAACUGGCAUCCUACCGAAUCGUCAGUGCAGUGCAGAAAUCAGGUGGGACGCAGCUGAAGCUGGUGAUGACGUUUCCUAAUUAUGGACAGGCUCUCUUUAAACCCAAGAAACAGGAACGGCAUGAGGAAACCAAUGUGAAUCUGUAUUAUUUCUCCGACUUUGAGAGGCACAAUGCUGAGAUUGCAGCCUUUCACCUGGACAGGAUAUUGGGUUUCAGGAGAAUGCCUCCAGUGGUUGGGAGGCUCGUUAAUGUAAUUAAAGAGAUCAAAGACAUCACCACAGAUCAUAAACUGGUCACCACUUUUUUCACAUCUCCAGUAGGGAAUACAUGUUUCUAUGGCCAAUGUUCCUAUUACUGUUCCACUGAGCAUGCUAUCUGUGGGCGCCCCCACAAGAUAGAGGGGUCUUUGGCUGCCAUGCUGCCAGAUCUGUCUUUGGCACCACGCCAAUCCUGGAGGAGUCCCUGGAGACGCUCAUACAGCCGGACCAAGCAGGCUGUGUGGGAAACUAACUCAGACUACUGUGACUCAGUAAAAACAUCUCCUCCCUAUGAUCGAGGCACUCGACUGGUGGACCUGAUAGACAUGAGCAUACUGGACUUCCUCAUGAGUAACAUGGAUAGGCAUCACUAUGAAACAUUUGAGAAAUUUGGCAACGAUACAUUUCUCAUACACUUAGACAAUGGAAGAGCGUUUGGACGUCAUUCUAAAGACGAACCCUCCAUACUGGCUCCUCUUGUGCAGUGCUGCAGGGUCCGCCGUUCCACUUUGCUUCGUUUACGUCUGCUCUCCCUCCCUCCGUAUCGGUUGAGUGAUGUCAUGCGUGCAUCAUUGUCUCAGGACCCCCUUGCAAUGGUGGCCCCUCUCCUCACUGAGCUGCAUCUCUCAGCUCUAGACCGUCGCCUAGCAACAGUCAUUCAAACCAUCCAGGACUGUCUACAGCAGCAUCAACAUCACAGUGAUGUCAUAUAUGAUGACAUCACUGACUACUCUGGAUAAGACACAAUGGACCAGUCAAAUGUUCUUUUUUUUUUUUUUUAGAAAAGUGACUGGCUAUUUGGUAUGACAAUAAUCUAAAUAUAUGCCCUGCUGGUAUAACCAGGAUGUAAACACUCAAUAUUUCCUUCUACAAAUACAUAUAUUGUCUAAUUGAAAAAUUGAAGUAAAAUGAACAUCAACUGCAAUGAAUGACCUAAGUAUAAAGU